AUGGCGGACCUCGACGAAGGCGAAAAAGCUGCUGAACAACAAAAAAAAGAAGAGAACUUAAUGGAGCUAGUGCACGCACGCGCUCGCCGAAGGUUUCAACGCGGGUUAAAACGUAAACCAAUGGGUCUCAUAAAAAAACUUCGUAAGGCGAAAAAAGAAGCGCCUGUCAAUGAAAAACCGUCAGUAGUAAAGACUCAUUUACGUGAUAUGAUUAUCGUGCCCGAGAUGAUUGGGUCGAUAGUUGGCGUGUAUAAUGGCAAGACGUUUAAUCAAGUAGAAAUCAGGCCCGAGAUGAUUGGUCACUAUCUUGCUGAAUUCUCCAUCUCAUACAAACCCGUUAAGCACGGUCGUCCUGGUAUCGGUGCCACUCACUCUUCCCGUUUCAUUCCAUUGAAAUAA